AUGUCGGAGGGGCCGUCCGAUUCGUCCAAUGUGCAUCUAGAGCCCCCCAGCAAGACUACUGAAUUGCAAGACCCAGGAGCUGAGGAUAACACAGCUUCAGAGAGCGGCGACGAACAUUUCUCAGAUGCCAGUGAAGGCCAGCCUGAGUCGCAGUCCAGCCCACAAUCCGGUCGCACUUCCCCUGUCCCGCGAACACGAGUCGAGAGGGUUGAUGACAGUGCACAACAUGGCGAGGUUCCCGGCACAUCAGCAUUCGAAAAGAGGGAGCAGGAUGCAGUCCCCGACGAAAUUGAAGUUGUUCCAGAGGGUGAAACUAGCUCAAACCAUUCGCCCGCGGGGUCAGAGGACCGUCCCUUACCCCCAGGAGGGUCGCCCAUCCCGCGGACGGUGGUUGAGAAGGUCGACCCAGAAGAAGCCAGCCAUGGUGAAGUGCCCGGCACAUCAGCACAUGAAAAGCGACUUGCGGAUGCUGUGCCUGACGUCGUAGUGAAGGCGUCCGACUCUGAGGGCAGCCCAACGCCGCCAGCAUUUGACCCUACAUCCCCAGCCCCUGAGGCCGAAACAAUUACAUCAGAACUCCCUGAAACACGACUAGAGCGAGUGGACACAUUACCUACUGAGGAAGACACCCAUCCACAAGCUCAUCAGAGCUCACCAAGUGACCCAUUACCGGAUUCGGUAGAAACGGUCCCAGAUGCCCCGGCAUCCACAGAAACGCUCUCUGCGAGCCACGAUCCUUUACCACAGGAUGAUAUAGAUGAUGACGAUUUUGGAGAACCAGAGCAAGGCGCGGACGACUUUGAUGAAUUUGUAGAGGAGCAGGAUGGCAUGGAAGACGAUGAUUUUGGAGAUUUUGACGACGGCUUCCAAGAGCCCAGCGCAGAGGACGCUGAAGCAGCUUCCACAGACGGAACAACAACACCUCAACCUCCCUCCCUCCCAUCAGUUCCCCCUCUCAUCGAUUUCGACACCAUCAAAUCCACAUCCGACCUUCUCACCUCCCUCCAGGGAACCCUAGAUAGCCUCUUCCCCGCCACUCACGACCUCAGCACCCUCUCACCCGUCGAACCAAUCCCAGAUUCAGCAGCAAUCUUCAGCACUGAGCGCUCCCUCUCACUGUGGUCACAGCUGGUGGCCCCACCACCACUCCAACCCCAGAACUGGGUGAAAUCCCGCAUCCGUCGCCUAUUCCUCGUAUCCUUAGGCGUGCCAGUCGACCUAGACGAGAUCCUCCCGGCCUCCAAACAGAAAAAGCUCAUCCUCCCCUCCAUCGACCUGGAAGGCUCAGGAGCAAAGAGCCCAGCCCCCCGCUCAACAAGCCAAACCCGAAAAGAAGGCGAUGGCACACCCGAUAAUGCCGAAAAGGGUCAGGCUCCCUCACGCCAAAAACCCCCCUCUACAUCCCGCCGUGGCGCCCCGCCGCCACCCGAAAUGGACCUUUCAGCCGUCCGCCGGCUGUGCGCGACUACAGAUGCCGCACUGAGCGGUCUUACAGACCCAGAAUUAGAAUCACAUGUUAAGGAAUUGGAGCACGUCACGCAGCGGGCCAGUUCGGUGCUGGAGCACUGGCUUAAGCGGCGAGAUGGGCUCAUUGGUGAAAAGGAGGCUUUUGAGGGCGUUAUUGAGAACCUCGUUAGUCAUGUGAGGAGAGUUAGGAAGUAG